AUGUCUGCUCCAGCUUCUCAAGCCGCUCGCAAGAAAGUUGUUCACCAACUUGACACUCCCUUUUCUACUGUCUCAUGGCCAGAUGUCUCAUCAGAGGACCAAGACACUAUUUUGGAACUCCUAUGCAAAUUGUUGGAUCCAAUCGGUCAAUAUCGCCAAACACAUAUUAAGCGAUCAAAGGGUAAGCGUGCAGCGCAAAAGGAGAAGGAGGCCAGGAAGAUAGGGGAUGACCCGGAACAACCUCCUGCGCCGCCGCCAAUGCCUGAUCUCGAAGCCAAUAUAGAUGUUGGAUUCAACUCAAUUACCAGGAAUCUCCAAUCAUGGCCGUCAAAGGGUACCGAGUCUACAGAAGACGAACCUAAAAAGCAGUACUCCAUGGUUUUCGUAGCUCGCGGCAACCAGGCUUCAGCAUUCAACUGUCAUUUCCCACGGAUGGUGGGGACAGCAUCCAAACAACUUCAUGCAGAUGAUCAGAUUCGUUUGGUUGGUUUUUCUAAGCCCUGCUCUGAGCGCCUGAGCACCUGUCUAGGAGUUCCUAGGGUGUCAUCUAUAGCCAUCAUCAAGGAUGCUCCUGGAGCCGGGGCUUUGCAGGACUUUGUCAUGAAGGCAGUGGCGCCAGUGGAGGUAUCGUGGCUAAAUGCAUCUUCAAGUACACAGUAUGUUGCCCCAAAGAUCAACGCUAUAGAGACCACGAUAGGACCCAAACGCGCACGGGUUGAAUAG